UCAGGGAUUGCCCUCGUUUCUGGAACACGGCUCUCCUGGGAUCAUCACCAUCAUGCUUGAGAGAGACCGUUUCUGGAACACGGCUCCCCUAGUCUGACUCGAGAGCAUCAUCCAUCAGACACGGUCAGUGCAAGCGGGUUGUCGAGACUCAUGACCAGAGAGUCGCCGAGAGGCACUCUGACAAGCCUCACAGAAGUUCAUGCUUUCCACCAAGUUAGUAGAGGCUCACAUCGUGUUGGGUUUCCUCGCAACGUGAGAGGACAGCCUAAUGUUUCCCUAGGAGACACGUUAGGUGACUAGCCACAGGCUAGUCUAGGCUAGUCUAGCAAACGGUUCUCCUUAUUCCGAGCAUCACGCGAGGAAAAGGCUCGUGAGAGUGCUGCGUCGAGUGUUAACCGCUAGUGUAGGCGGAACGGUAACGUACGUGACGCGAUGGACACCGUUAUACUGAGCGAGCGGCAAAUCGGAAAGGUGACGUCAGCAGCCGGAGUGAAGGAUGUGAAUGGGCAUAAAAAGAAUGAGGUUAGAGGUGAUAAGAACGAGAGCAGAGAGGAGGAAGCAGAAAGGGAGGCGCGUUUCGAGCGGGAGCUAGAGGAGCUGAUGAAAGCCCUGGAGGAGGUGGUGUUGACGAAAACGACUGGCGAAAACUCUGGCGACGAGUUACUGCGUAACGAAGGCGAAUGCGACGACUUUCCGCCCAUGCAAACCCCUCCACCAGCAGCAGCGACACAGGGAGCCAGCGGGACAAGGAAGCCGGGAGUUUCGGGAACCGGGAAGAUCCGUAGAGAUACCAAAAGCAACAGUCCAGCUAGUGUACUGGAGGGUGGAGCAAAUUCGCCUUCGGAAUCGCCUUCCGGUGAAUGCGACGAUUCUUGUCGCCGACCGUCGUAUACUGCAGCAGCAGGUCAAGCGGCAGCGUCAGGAACUGCUAGUUCCGGAGGCCACGGGACGAAGACGUCCAGAAGAGCCUUGCAGCAGCCGUUACCCGAGUCGGAGCGUGUCGCCCGCGCGAAGCAGCGCGAAAAGGCGGUCGUUAAGAACCAAUCGCUGGGCCACGCAGACGCGGGACGCGCCAGCUGGCACGCGUUCAUUGGACGGAAGGAUCCGGUGCCAGAAAGCGGAGCGGGAGGAGCCGCGUUUGCCGUGCCGUCCGGCGAAGAAGACGGCACUCAGGCCAGCAAGUUCCCUACGAACGGUGCGAAAGAGGGAGGCCCUCGCCCCGAAGGCUCUCCUGGCAGCGGUAGUCUGGAUCAUGAUGGUCGUUCCCAAGGGCUCUUCGGGACGAAGAUCUCGUUUGGAUUGAAGAAAUCGGUUCGGAGCGGUGUUGGUGUUGGUGCUGGUGGUGGUGGUGCUGCUCCCCGCCGGCAUACCGCACUGUCGUCGCUGGAGAUGCAGAAGCGAGUAACGGAGCAGCUCUUUGGCGGGGAUGACGAUGAGGGCUCGGAGCCGGAAGAGUCCUCUGGGUCCAACGAUUUCUACCCGCCUGGUUACCAUGGUUUCGCGCCCAGCAUCCUGGGAUCUCCUGCGAAGGGCAGAAGCCUCGUCAGCGGAAGCGGGGGCCUCGUCAGCAGCAGCAGAAGCUGCACCAGCAGCAGCGCCACCUCAGCGGCGGCAGCAGUAGCACAACGACCAGUAGCGCGAUCAACGGCGAGAGCACCAUUACUACCAGCUGCAGCAGCUGCUGUGGCGUCUUCAGCUGCCGCUGCAUCUGCUGCAGCAGCAGAGGCGAGGCUAAGAGCCUUGGUCAGCAAGCAAUCUCCUCAGAGCGGCGCCUCCACUGCUUGUCCAAAUGCUGAUGCUGCUGCCGUUGUUACAUCUACAGUUACACCUGGUGUUACACCUGCAGGCGCCUCUUCAGCUGGCCGACUGGUGGACGAACAGAGAGUGGGGAGGAAGCAGAGAGUAGAGGGGCGGCAGGAUAGGGCCCAGCAGCAGCAGACAGGCACAUGGGAUCAGGAUGACGAAGUCUCGUCGAACCUUCAGAGCCCAGGAACCAUGCGGGGAGCCACAGAGUCCCCCACAUCUCCGCCACUAGGAAAAGCGACUCCCCCUACUUCUUCCGCUCCCCAUAUGUCUCCCCCUCUGCCUCCUCCAAUGUCUCCCCUUCCCCAUAUGACGAGUACGGCCGCUACUCCACUUCCUCCGCUCCCCCCCGGCCCCCCGCCAGAGACCCCGCUUCCGCCGCCCCCUCCGCCUGCUUCUCCCCUCUCAGGCCAUCGCGCCUAUGGGGAAAGCGAUUUCCGCCCAUUCCCCCUGGAGAAUGCUCCCCUUGGAGCUCCUCCGCAGGGCCCAGUUCCCCCCAGCGCAACUCCCCCCCUUCCGCCUGGGCCUCCGCCCAUGACGCCUCCGCCACCUCCCCCAGGCGGAGUGCCUUUGGGGGAGCGAUUCGCAUCAGGCGGAAGCCAGAACGCACCUCCCCAGGUUCCGCCGCUUCCCCCUGGCCCCCCUCCUGCAACUCCCCCUCCCCCAGUUGCGCCUCCCCCAGGGUCACCCGCAGUGCACCCUCCCCCGGCAUCUCUGUCCUCUCUCUGCGCCCCUCCCGUUCUACCCUCUCUCCCUGCUGCCACCUCCGCUGCUGCUACAACAACCAGCGGUGCAUCCGGUUUCUACAGCCAGAGCAGCGUUUCCGGCUCUGACGCCGUCUGCUACAGCCAGAGCAGCGUUUCCGGGUCCAGUGGAUUUACUACUCUGUGGAAUGCGGGGUACUCGAGCGCUGGUGGAGAUGACUGUACGGAUAGUGCUAAUAGCGGGAGUAGGAAUGACGAGAGUGGGAGGCAGAGGAGUGCUGGGUACGAGGGGCGGGUUGACGCUUAUUAUGAUGCUGCUGCAAGUGGGGAGGGAGGGCUGCAGGGGAAGCAGAUGCAGCAGCAGUGGCAGCAGCAGGAGCAGCAGCAGCAGUAUCAUCAGACGUACCAGCCAGAAGGCCAGUAUGAGAAAUGGGACCAGAACGAGCAGAAGCAGCAGUGCUACCAGUACCAGCAAGGACGGGGGGAGCAGUACCAGCAACAGUACCAUGAGCGCGACCAGCACUUGCAGCAGCUGAGCCAGCAGAACCAGUACCAGUACCAGCAGCAGCAACAGCACCAGCAUGAGCACUAUCAUCAUAACAGCCAGUUUCAGGCGGUUGAGGAACAGACGCAGGACGAGCACAGUAACUAUGAGCAGAAGUGCGUUCAGUACGAGCAGAGUGAGGAAUACAAGAAAUGGCUGGCUUACCACCAGCAACGCCAGCAGCAGCAGCAGCAGCAACAUGAGCAGCACGAUUACUAUCAACAAGAGCGGACCGAGGGCUAUCAGAAAUGGAUGGCCUAUCACCAGCAGCGGCAGGCAUACCAUCAGGAGCAGCAGCAGAAACCGUAUCAGCAGGAGCAGCAACGGCAGCCAUACCAACGGGAGCAAUAUCAGCAACAACAGGAACAGCAGCUGUACCAGCAGCAGUCGAACACACAUGCAGCUCAUGCUGUAUCUGCAGUAACCCAUCAAGAUGUCACACAUACGUGUUACAAUCUACAGUACAACGUUUCAAGCAGGCUUCCUGUGGCUACCAGCAUCCCGGCUCUUAGUGCACCUGCUGUAACACAUCAGCAUAUUCAUGCACCUUACACUGAACCCACAGCUACUCAGGCACCGUACACUAUACCAACGGUUACAAGUGCCUCGCAUGUGGUAACCACGUGGUACCUCGUUGUGGACACAAACGUGUUUCUGGACGUGGCUGAGGUGGCAGCGCUCUAUAGGCUCAUUGCAUGGGGGCUCCGGAAUACAGACAGAGGGGUCGGGCACACAGAAGCACCCAGUGCAUGUCUUGCUGGUGGCACUGCUGCUUCGUCGAUCCUUGGUGCUGCUGCUGCACCUGCUGCCACUGUUGCUGCCGCUGCUGCUGCAGUUGCGGCGUCCAUCUCUGCUGCUGCGGCUGUGGGUGCGCCUGGGAGCAUCUGGACCGGGUUGUUGGGGAGUGUGGCGGAUAGCUUUCCCAGUAAUGAGAGGGUGGUGGUGGUGCUGCCACAGGCAGUCGUACGUGAGCUGGAUGGGAUAAAGGAGGACAAGGAGAGGGCCAGGGGUGUGUACGCCCGUCGAGCCCUCAGGCUGCUGAGGGACGCCUUGGCGAGCAAAGCCCCGUGGCUCAGAGCGCAAGGAGGCCAUGAGAGGGCGGAAGUGAGUGGCAGCAGCAGCAGCCAGAAGCUAUCUGCUGAUGAUGCUGUGCUGUCGUGCUGCCUCUACUACCAUCAGUUUGUGGCUCCUGGCGCUGUGGUGCUGCUCACUGGAGACAUUGCCCUGCAAGUCAAGGCUCUUAUGGAAGGAGUGUCUAUGGUCCACAAAGCAUCUGCCUUUGUUACUGAGCGUGUGGGUUCGGCACUAGCUGCUGCAAGAUGAUUCUGCGCAAGGAUGGACUUUUCUAGACCCACCCUGCUGUCAUGCUACCAUGUUCAUGGGUGAUUCUUUCUCACAAAGGAAUGCCAUCACAAAUUUACAUUAAGCAGGAGAUUUGUUGUAGUCUGUAUUUAUUCAGUUGCAUAUCUCCAAUUCACUCCCAUAGAGCCCGGUGACGAUUUGGCCGAGUUUACUGGUCCCCUUACGCAGUACUCCUCUAGCAGUCUCAGAGCUUUGUCCUGUUUCGCUCCGUUCCUUUCCCCUCAUCCCGCAGAGCAGGUUGACUCCUUUGCUUAGCGGUCUCUUCAAUAUAGCGUUUUUCAAGUUUCAGAUUCGUUGGGGUUGUCUGGAAAAUGGUGAAGCGACGGCGUGGAGGCGGAUGGGGAGGACUAGAACGCGUCAGCUCUUUGAAAGAGGUAUCACUUGUUUGAUCGUAUUUUCCCCUGGCUUUCGAGUGCGUUUUCUUGGAGUAACUUCGUUUUCUUUCAGAAGUUGCCACUUCCUCGCCAAGGGCCCGUACGAAACUUUAUCUCGUCACGGAAUGUGUCUGGAAUCGUCAAGCCGUCGUACAAUCUGGAUAGCGCAAACAAGGCAGUCGAACAAGGCACCACCUUUCGAUUUCAGAAGCGAAGCUUGGAGCAGCACACGCCACUGCGGAUGUCUAAGCGAGCAGAUAAAACACGUGAGGGAUGUCCUUCUUUACGAGACAAAGCCGAAAUCAAACACAACGAAUCUAGGUCAGAAGGCUGGUUGUUGAUCAUCUUCAGAUUCAAGUACUAAAGUAAUGUGCUGCAGGCUGCAUUCCAGGGAAAGAAAAAUUCAAUGCAUCACGCCUCGUAAGCGACCUUUCUUAAUUCCUGUCUCCGCUUGCAUCUGGUGUCACUGAAAAUAGUUUGUGUGACAUUACAGAAGCGAUCAUUACCUUGAAGAACUGCUAUGCUCCUCCUGGCUCCAAUUCUCGUGCUAACGACAAGCAGUGUAAGUUCCUUGCUGUUUUUCUUGCCGUUUUUUGUUUAACUUACAGGUUCUGAUCUGACUAGAUUUCAUUCCGAAGGUUCCAAAGAAGAGGACGAGUGGGACUGGGCAUUUGGCUGCGAGAAGCCGGAAGCACCUGCUACAAGUGAUGCAGGAGAUUUGGAGGAAAACGCAAUAUUGCUGGGUCACGCUCGCGACUGGAAGUCGUUCUCGUUUUCUCCGGUCAAAGAGAACUUGAAGGCAAUCGCCAAGAGAGUCAUGGACUUGGACGCCAUCUCAGCUCCAAAUGGUGGAGGGUAUGUCAGCGUCUUCCAGUCCAUUGAGCCUUUGCUGUUUGUUUAUAAAUCCUGUUUUUGUUGCAGCAAAGUAGUAGCUGAUAAACUUAUGAGCAAGCUCGAUAUAUCACCUUCUCCAGAACUCAUUGCUAUGCUUCCAACAGGCGGAAAGGUAUGACUGUUCAUGAUCAUUGUGCAGAGGAGUUUUCUCCAGAACAUGACUGACAGGUUUGGCCGCAGGUCUGUGAGGAAUUCAAUCCACGCUUAUUGGAUGGACCAUCGAGUCCAAGGAUACCUAUUGUGGAAAUAGACAUGGAGGAGUUUGGGGUCCAUGACUGGCUAUUUGGCUCCGGAGAAGCACAACGGGAUGUCUCUGAAAUCAUGUUUGGCAAUGUCAGAAGCAUUUGCGACGCAGAUGGCCCUAGUGGAGGUGAUUCAUUUCUUGGAGGGACAAGCUUGUUUGAGCGUGAAACUUCCAUGUUUGCUGACGGUUCUGAAGCCAUAGGCUCUUUUGACCCGGAUUCGCUUCUGGAAGCAUCGCUCGCUGGUAGCAGGCCUUCUACAGCAACAGCUCUUUCUCCGGAACCAUUUCCCCCCGGGCCAGAUUCAGUAGCCCCAUUCUGGAAUUGCAGCCCUUCAGCUACAGACAUAACGAUUGGUCUUCACGCAUAUGGCAGUCUAUCUACAAUCGGACUUUUUGGCGAUGUCGCUGGAAUGAAUGGAAACCCUUUCGCAAGUGCUGACACGAAUUGGAAGGGUGAUAAAGCAGAGGCUGACGAUAUCAUCUGGCAACAACAAUUUAAUCCCAGUCCCAGGCCCCAAGAUAGUAUGUUUGAUGCACCAUAUUGUCAAAACAUUAGUAGAUCUAGAGCUUGUAUAGACUGUAUAGGGUCACCUCUUAGAGAGUACAACCCUUAGAUAUGUAUGCUUGUACCCAUGUUCUCUAGU